AACUAAAACCCCUCGAGAAAUUUUAGGUUGGGAGGGAUGGGCCAUGGCGACGAUGGCGCUGGAGAUGGCGGAUCGAUGGCGCAUGUCCAGCUCCACACCGGCGGGCGCAUGCCCGUGAUCGGGCUGGGAAUGUGGCCGGGAUACUCGCAGGAGGAGAAGAGGCAAACGGGAGCAACAGUGAAGGCCGCUGUCGCUGCUGGGUAUCGUCACAUCGAUUGCGCGAGCGUCUAUGGCAACGAGAAAGAUAUUGGAUUGGCGCUGCAAGAGAUCUUCCUUAGUGGUGCAGUGACGCGUGGGGAUUUGUGGAUUACGUCCAAGCUGUGGAACUCUGAUCACGAUCGGGUCCAGGAGGCUUGCGAUCAAACACUGCAGGAUUUGCAGCUGGACUAUCUUGACCUUUAUUUGAUUCAUUGGCCUGUUCGUGUGAAGGAACACUACCAACAGGAAGAUGGCACUCGCAAAACUGAAAUCGUCCCCUUGCAACUGGACGAGACCUGGAAGCAAAUGGAGCAGCUUGUGCGCACCGGCCGAGUUCGUGCAAUCGGUGUGAGCAACUUCUCGUCAAAGAAGAUCGACCACCUUUUGGCGAACGCCACCAUCGUCCCUGCCGUGAACCAAGUUGAGUGUCAUCCGGUGUGGCAGCAAAAGGCUCUUCACGACUACUGCACCUCCAAAGCCAUCCAUCUCUCUGGGUACUCUCCUUUGGGAAACUGGGGUCCGAAAGUCCUCGGCCAUCCCAUCGUCAAAGAGAUCGCGGACAAACUCAGCAAAUCACCAGCGCAAGUAGCACUACGCUGGGGAAUCCAGAUGGGUCACAGCGUCCUUCCGAAGAGCUCCAAUCCCGAUCGGCUCAAGGAAAACCUGGACAUUCUCGGAUGGAGUAUUCCGGACGAGGAUUUCCAAAAGCUUUCUGGAAUCCAACAGGAGAGGCUGAUCAAAGGAACAAACUGGGUGAACGACACAUCUCCAUACAAGAGAGUCGAAGAUCUAUGGGAUGAGUAAAAAACUUUAACCUGUAUAUGCCCUUUAAUGUUAUGCAAGGGUAAAAAGGUUUAGUGUGCGUG